AUGAUUUCCAACUAUGUUUCACUCCUUUUAUUAUGUGGAUUAGCAUUGGGUGAUUAUGAUACAACUACAACUACUGAUACCACGAUCACUCCUACAAUCACAGUCACUACUACUGUUGGUUAUAUGGAAAAGAUUUACGAAACUGCUUACAUUUAUACCGAUGAUACUGGUCAUUUAACUACCACAACUGAAAUUGGGUCAACUAUUUUAACUGUUGAAAUUCCAGGUCAAACUGUUGGAGUUGAAAGUUCAAGUUCUGAUGGUACUGUUACAGUUACUGAUACCGUAAGUCUGGCUGUAAGUGAUGCUGUAACCAUCACAACCAGUAGUUUCGUAUCAGAUUCCGCUAGUGUUACCAGUGUUGAAGCUUUAGUUAGUGAUCCAGCAUCAAGUGCUGUUAUCACCAGUGAUGAUUUGAGUGUUUCUGAAACCAUUCCAUCGUCAACUGCUUCACCAGUCGUUUCAUCAGUUGUCUCAUCAGCUGUUUCAUCAGUUGUUUCAUCCAAUGCUGAAUCCCUGAGUGUCAUCUCCAGUUCUGUCGAACCUAUUAGUGCUGUUGCUAGUGAAUCAGACAUUGUAGCUUCUACCUCUGCUGUCACUCCAGCCGAAAGUUCAGCUAUUCCAUCAGGUGAUUAUUCCACUGGACAUUCAACUACCACCACUGUUAUCGACGGUAAAUCCAUGGUUGUUGAAUAUGUAAUUUUAUAUACUGGAGAUUGUUGUAUUUAA